GGUGUUGCGUGCGGGCUCCGCGAUGACUGUCCCGGGCCGGAGCGAGGCAGCCGAAGCGGCCAGCCCACAAAUGCAUGGAAAGGAAGCCUCUCCGAAAAGCCCUGUGUGCUGCCCAGAGAGGCCAGACAGGGCCCCAGAGCCCCCAGACCACAGUCUGCACUGGCCAGAAAGCUUGAAGGGCGAAGAGAUAAAGAAGCAGGGCCGGGAAGGGACACUGCUGAGUAAGUACAACCAGCAGUACCACAAGCUGUUCAGGGAUGUCCCUUUGGAAGAGAUGGUCCUUAAAGUGUGUUCCUGCGCCCUCCAGAGGGACCUCCUUCUCCACGGCCGUCUCUACAUCUCCCCCAACUGGCUGUGCUUCCAUGCCAGCCUCUUUGGCAAGGAUGUGAAGGUGGCCAUUCCUGUGGUGUCUGUACAAACCAUCAAAAAGCACAAGAUGGCCCGGCUCCUCCCCAAUGGACUGGCUGUCACCACCAACACCAGCCAGAAGUACGUCUUCGUGUCGCUGCUCUCCCGGGACAGUGUGUACGACAUGCUAAGGAGGGUCUGCACUCACCUACAGCCUUCCAGCAAGAAGAGUCUGAGUGUACGAAAAUUCCCGCAAGAACCUGAGUGCCAGUCUCUGGAAGUCCUCAUCCCAGAAAUGAAGUGGAGGAAAGUGUGCCCUGCUUCCAGAUCCCUGUCACUCCCAGACAACAUCCCUCGGGCCUCCACCGACUCCACAGACAGCUGCUUCCCUUCCAGGAGCACUCCAGGGUCUGAGGACUCCAUCUUUGAGAACGAUGAGCUGCGGGAGGAGUCCACAGACGACCAGGCGCUGAGACUCUGGGAUUCCCGGCUUCUCAAAGUCGUCUUUGUCAUGAUCUGCCUGCUGGUUGUGUCUUCAUCGUACUUGGCAUUCCGCAUCUCCCGGCUAGAAGAGCAGCUGUGCUCUUUGAACUGGGAUGGGCCGGUCCCUGGGCACAGGUAACAGUGGCAUGGCCUUUGUCCCCACACUGUCUCCAAGAAGAACAUUCUGGGUGCUAAGUCUUGCUGCUCCUAUGCUGCAACAGAGUAUGAGGAAAAUAUUCUAGAUCCUUCCUCCUCCUCGUCUUCCCAGCUCUUCAAGAUCCAUCCCUUAAUAAGUGAUCUCAAGUACCCGUUUACAAAUGAACUGGCUUCUACAACUGCUGGACUUCAAAAAAAAAAAAAAGAUAGAUGUUUGGGACCAGCUGAGGAAUUCUGCACCAAGUUUCAGCUACCACUUAAAUGAGAGAAAAUAAAAAGUAGAAAUGAGGGCUGGGAAGGUAGCUUAGUGGUAGAAUGCAGGAGGCC